AUGGUUUCAUACUAUUUCGUGAAAACUGCAGAGGAGCCAACUAUUAUCGCCCAGAACGUUCCUUCUCCCGUAAAAAUGCAAUACAAGCCAGAUUUGCAGAGCUUUGUGUUGGAUAGUGGCAAUACACAAGAGAAACGGAAGCAACUUCCAAACCUGGAGAAUAUAAAUUGGCCCGAACGGGAAUUUCUACGCCUUCCGUUUGGCGCUCCGGGAAGCAUUCAUGCACCCCUGGAGGCGAAAUUCAGCCGUGGACAGAUGCGUACAAUGUGGAAGCUGUUUUUAACUUUCGUGGAUGUCAUGGAUGAGCUCGGUUUUAGUGACAGGUGGAUGAUCUACUCCGGCAGCCUGUUUUCCUCCUUUCGUCACCAUGAUAUCGGACCCUGGGACGAUGACCUUGAUGUUCUCGUUGACGAGAAAGUUAGACCGGCGCUGUGGAGAAAGAUGCGCAUGCUAGGACCCAAAUUCAUUAUUCGAAAAUCUGGACUUAGGGACAAGAUUUACGCAGAGUUGAUUCAACCCAGCAAUGCCUCACAGGAUGCUGACGGUAGUCGCAAACUCAGUUUGCACGAUUGGGGCUGGCCUUACGUGGACAUCAGCUAUUACACGUCUAACGUGACCCACAUCAAGGAACUUUCAAAGCCGUAUGGCCAACAGUAUGUCUUCCCAAAGUCUGACGUUUUCCCACUGCUUUUCAGACCAUUUUACAAGUAUUGGGCUCCAGCACCAAGAAACACCUUUGCUUUCCUGCAGCAAACCUACCACGAAAGCGUCCAUUGCGCCUCUCCCAGUUAUAUUCACCCUUAUGAGAAAAGAAUAAAAGGACAGGCAGUACCUUGCACUACACUAGCGGACAGGUACGCUUUCGUUGAGCACAGCCUCCGUAAUAGCAAUGUCCAGGGAGAGGACGGUAGUUCGGAAGAUUUGGAUUGGGUCCGAGAACGACUGAUUCUCGGUGGCAAAGUCAUACACGAAAUCGACUUGGUUGGACCCCGUCGAGAAGGCCACGUAGACACCUUCGUUCUGCAGAUAAAGCCGGCGGCGUGA